AUUAAGUUUCUAUAUUGUGUCCCCAUAAUAUUAGUAAAAAAGAAAUAGAAAAAAAUAAAAAAGAAAAAAAAGGUAACCCUAGUAAAACCGCCUCUCUCUCUCUCUCUCUCCAUCUGCUGCAGAACGUCUUAUACAUUAGUCACCUGUUCUUCUGCGUACAUGAAAAGAAGAAGAAUGGAUGAUAUCUACAUGAUAAUUCUAAAUAAGCAUCGUAGAGAUCAUGAUACUGGCCCAUGGAUCCGACUCCAUGAGGAUUUCAUCUUUUACGAUAUUCUUGCAAGACUUCCUGUUAAAGUUCUCUUGCAAUUGCGGUGCGUUUGCAAAACAUGGCGCCGCUUUUUAUCAUCCAACAACCCUUCCUUCAUUGACCUCCAACUAUCACGUUCCCAGUAUGGGCUCGGUGGCAUCAAACUCCUAGUCCCUGCCAGGCAAUCGCAAUGUUUGUUAUUAGUAAACCUUGAGGAAGGUAUGGAUGGCAGGGUCACUCAACUUUUAACCAUUCCUAAACAAAAAUUCAAUGAUUUCAGCAUCUCUGAAAACAUAAAGGGUUUGGUCUGCUUCCACCACAUUGUUGGCACUCGCACUAACAAUAUCAGCUGCACAUAUAUUUGUAAUCCUAGCACUCGUGAACUCAUGGAACUUCCCCCAGCUCCCGAUAUCACGACCAACGAUGACAUGACCAUGACCCGUAUGCAUAUGUCUCACCAUUUUGGCUUUGAUCCAUCUUCAAAACAAUUCAAAGUGUUGAACAUCCAAUUUGCUUCUUUUAAUUGCCUAGGGAGAAAAUAUGGAGUGGCCUUUUGGAUUUUCACUUUAGGUGGUGAUUCAUGGCGACAGAUUUAUCCUAUCUUGCCUUUUGAUUUUAGAUAUAAUGAACCAGCUCCCUGGCUGUUUUUGUUGAAAAAUUGUGUGUGCCUUAAUGGUGCAUUGCAUUGGUUGUUCAAGGCAAUGAAAGUUAUUGUGGUUUUUAAUGUGAAGAAAGAGGAGUUUCAUGCAAUUCCGCUCCCUAAGAUCAGCAUGCUCCCUGAUGCAGAACGGGUUGUUCUACUUCAAGUUGAUGGACAUUUGGUUGUAUUAUCUCUCCAUGAUGGUGUGUUGAAUCAUGACAUGCUGGACAUGGAGAUAUGGACAUUGGAGGACUACCAAAACGAGGUUUGGAAGAAGGAUACUGUUACCAUCCCGUUUAAAGAUUGGAGGAAGUGGCAUGAUCGUCCUGUUUUUGUUGUACCUGCAGACAAGGACUUGCAACUGGAAGAUGGAUCACAGAGCCACAGCCAUUUAGGGCAUAUUCUAUCAAAAACGCCGAGAAAUAGGAUUUACACGAUAAACAAUUCAAUAACUGAAAUUAAAGUCCACCAAAGAGAUGCAGACCAAACAAGAAGAAUUCUUUCAUCUUAG